AUGCCAAAGGCCAAGUUAACGAAAGCCACGAGGAAAGCGCUCGUCCUGCCCUCGUGCGACGAAAUCUGGCCGCGGCCAUACUACAUCGAAAAUGGGCUGCGGCGCAUCGCCCCGUACCACUACACCUACCAGACCUGGUGCAAGCAACGAUGGCGCGGGAGGGAGUUGUUGGAUGUCUUCGAGAGCGAGUUCCGCGACAGACCCGUAGCGUAUUACAAAUCUGCAAUGGAGAACGGCAAAAUCUGUGUCAACGGCAACCCGGUCAUGCCAGACUACAUCCUGAAGAACGGCGAUCUCGUUUCCCACAAGAUACACCGCCACGAGCCGCCCGUAACAGCAGAGGACAUCGGGAUAAUCCACGAAGACGACGAUAUGAUCGUCAUAAACAAACCCUCAGGGAUACCCGUCCACCCAGCGGGCAGAUACAAUUUCAACUCCGUCGUCGAAAUCAUGAAAGUGGAGCGAGGCCGCGAGUGGAUAGCCUAUCCUUGCAACCGUUUGGACAGACUCACCAGCGGCAUUAUGUUUGUCGCAAACAAUCCAAAGGCCGCUGAGGAUCUUAGCACUCAAAUUGCCCAGCGGAGCGUGCGAAAGGAGUAUAUUGCGAGGGUCAUGGGCAACUUUCCCGAUGGUGAGGUAGUAUGUGACCAGCCUAUCCUCCAAAUCUCCCCCAAGCUCGGACUCAAUCGAAUCCGAGCCAACGGAAGGGACGCACGAACUGUGUUCAAAAAGCUCGCAUACUACCCUUCUCAUGGACCAACCCAGGACUCCGGAACUGAUCACCAUCACGAUCCUUCAGAAGCCAAACAAGAGGAUUUAAGACCGUGGAUGCGCAAGGCCAACGACGGCUACUCCAUCGUGCGGUGCUUGCCAGUUACUGGUAGAACCCACCAGCUACGCGUCCACCUUCAACACUUGGGCCAUCCUAUUCAAAAUGACCCUAUAUACGCCAACCAACGCGUUUGGGGUGCAAACCUGGGACGCAAUGAUGCGGAAGCCACGGAGAAUACUGACGACGAUAUUGUAACGCGGCUGAACCGCAUGGGCAAGGAAGAAGCGGCCGACGCAGUGGCUUACCACGAUGAGAUGGUUGAUCAAUACUACAAGAAGAAGGCCGAGAAAAUGUCCGGUAAACUCUGCGAGAUCUGCGACACUCCAUUGUAUACCGAUCCCGGCGAGCAGGAGCUCUCCUUAUGGUUACAUUCGCUUCGAUAUGAGGAUGCUGGGGGCGCGUGGAGCUACGUGAGUCCACUUCCCGACUGGGCUCUGCCACCCUCAGGCAUGAGUGGUCCAACAGCAGUGGGUAGCCUCGAUGCACUUGUUGAAGCAGUGAAAGAAGUCAAUUCUGAAAUAGCUUGA